AUGAGCAACGAACUCACCUACAUCCGCUACGACGCGGCCCUUGAAAACACCUACGUCCCCGCCAUGCGCUCCCUAAUCUCCCAACAACUCUCCGAGCCAUACUCUAUCUACGUCUACCGCUACUUCCUUUACCAAUGGGGCGAACUAUGCUACCUCGCCAUGGACAAAUCGCGGCCCGAGAACGACCAGAUGGUGGGUGUUGUGGUGUCGAAGCUCGAGCCGCAUCGCGGGGGCCCGCUGAGGGGGUAUAUUGCCAUGUUGGCUGUGAAAGAAGAGUAUCGGGGGAAGGGGAUUGCGACGAGGUUGGUGAGGAUGAGUAUUGAUGCGAUGAUUGAGAGGGAGGCGGAUGAGAUUGCGCUCGAGACGGAAAUCACAAAUACUGCCGCUAUUAAACUGUACGAGAGACUUGGCUUCUUGCGGAGUAAGCGGUUGCACCGGUAUUACUUGAACGGUAACUCGGCAUAUCGACUCGUGUUGUAUCUCAAAGAAGGCGUGGGGUCUGUCCGGACGACUGCUUUCGACCCGUACGGUGCUAUACCGGGGGAUCCUCUGGGACCGGUGCCGUUACUCCAGGGGAAUCGUGAGUUCGUUUGA